AUGGCUACUCCCCGAUCUACAGUAGAAAGGCUAGACAAGCCCAGCACAUAUUUCAGCAACAAGAACAAACGCCGGAAGUCGUAUCAUGACCGCGGAGAGCGCGAGGAAGAUAAACCUCAGGCGGACUUUGAUGCCUCACUGAAAGAGGCCACGACUCUAUAUGUUGGAAAUUUGUCAUUCUACACGACAGAAGAGCAGAUACACGAGUUAUUCGCAAAAUGUGGAGAGAUAAAGCGGCUGGUGAUGGGCCUAGAUCGAUUUCAGAAGACACCGUGCGGAUUCUGUUUUGUUGAGUACUACACGCACCAAGACGCUUUGGACUGUAUGAAAUAUAUUGGAGGAACGAAGUUGGAUGAGAGAAUCAUUCGAACCGAUCUAGACCCUGGAUUUCAAGAAGGGAGGCAGUAUGGGCGCGGAAAAUCGGGAGGACAAGUUCGUGAUGAAUUUAGAGACGAAUUCGACCCUGGCCGAGGCGGCUACGGGCGCGCAAUGGCUGAUGAUCGUUGA